AUGAACAAAUUCAACUUCGGGGUAAUAAAAAGCGGGCUUCUUCGCGAUCAACUUGCCGGACGCGACUCGCUCAGCAUAUAUAGGCUUGAACUUAUAGUAGACCCUUCCGAGGUCCGAUUGAAGACAGAGGACGAAUGUCUCUAUACAUGGCAGAUAGAUGAUCCAUCGCUUGAGCCUCUUUUUCAGAAGCAUAUGAGUAAACACUCGGUGGGGGCCUACAUGCAGCUUCACCGCGAGGUGGGUAAGAAGUUUCGUGCAGUUCCUACAAAGGCUGCAACACAAGCGGAAGCCAAGAUCAAAGACCAGAAUUCAAUCAUCCAGGAAGCGCAAAUGACCAUUCAUCUUCACCAGCAGGACAUCUUGAACUGGAUGGCCGUUGCCGAGUGGUAUCAGACCAAAUGUUUCCAGUGCUCAAGUGUAUUAGGGCAAAUGAUGGCAUUCUUACAAGACACUACAUCUGAGACCAAGUGA